AUGCCACCAUCAACACCAAUAGGUAAGGACAUCCCCUCCCCCCACACGCCUUCAGCGCCCAAACAGCAAAGCUUGGCGGGCAGAGCGCGCGUGCUUCGGAGCGAGGACGGCGAGGGGUGGUUUACGGAGUUUUCGCGAGUGGUGGGGGUGAGCGUGCAGUUGCAGGAGGUGUGGAAUAGGGCUGCUGGGAGUAUGGAUGGGGGAGAAGCGGCGGAGGGACAGGGGGAGAGGGGCGCGAAAAGUGAUGGGGAGGCGGGGAAGGAGCCGUGCAGGUCGAAUGUACCGGAAACGAGCAAGACAUACGACGCGAAGAUUGACUACACGACUACACCGGCGAAACGAGGCGGCGAAACGACGAGGUCUACGGAACAACAGCCCAAACGCCGCCACCAUACAACUUUACCAAGACUAGAUACUUCAGUCCAGCAUUCUAAACGCCUCGAACCGCCGUACAGAGAAGCGCCUAGAUUCGAAGAUGUGACGGGAGAUGAGCCGGAAUGA